GAGAGAGACGAGCCGGGAGCGCGGAGCCACCGAGCGAGCCAACGACCGGGAGGCACCUUGGACGGGCUUCCUCCGGGGCCGGCGAGGGACGAGGCGGCAAGAGAGGGCAGCGAAGGCGGCUUGGGGGGGCUCUGAACCUCUGGACCCUCCUGGGCGAAGUUGGGUCUCCGGAGAAGGCUGUGGGAGCUCCCGCCGAUGAGCGCGGCAUGGAGAACCGCCGCGGACGGUGGUGGCGAGCCCCGGAGCUGAGAGGCAAAGAGCCCCGGGCUGGCCGGCGGGCGGGCUGGCUGCCUCGAGGGGCUUGAACCGACCCGACCGCCAGAGGACCCCCCCCUAAAAAAACCAACCCCAGGACCAAGCCCCACUCGGAGCAUCUCUCUCUCUCCAGCCAGGCAGGCGAGAAGGAAGGAAGGAAAGAGAAGAAGGAAGGAAGGGAAAAAAGGAGGAUGACGACGCCUAAGCCGGACGGAGCGGGGAUUUUCUUCGCGGGACUUACGGAUUUGCCACCGCCGGGCUCCAUCCUCGGGCUCCGGGAAGCCUCGCCGGCCUUUCCCGGCGCCGCUCGCUGAUUUCUCUCGCUUCGCCGACUCGGGGCUUCCCCGAAUGCGCUGCCGGAGGGCUGGGGAAGAAGCCAACGAAGAAGGAGAAGGAAGAGGAGAAGGAGGAGGAGAACGACGACGGCUGCCCGGCUCCCCGCUUGGCUUCCAGCAGUUGGAAGAGCAGCGGCAAACGGACUGUCGGGAAGUCAGAGCUUUGGAUGUGAUGCAGCCGGCCACGGUUUUCCUUUUGGCAAAGAAGCCAGCCUUCCUUUCUGGACAUCUUGGAACCUUAAAACCCUGAAGAAGGAUCUAUAAACAGAUUAUCAUGGACCUGAGAGAUUUUUACCUGUUGGCUGCUCUGAUUGCCUGCUUGCGACUGGAUUCGGCUGUCGCUCAAGAACUUAUUUACACCAUCCGGGAGGAACUGCCUGAAAACGUGCCCAUUGGGAACAUACCAAAGGAUCUGAACAUUUCUCACAUCAAUGCUGCCACGGGGACCAGCUCUAGCCUGGUCUACCGGCUGGUCUCCAAAGCGGGAGAUGCCCCUUUGGUGAAAGUCUCCAGCACCACGGGGGAGAUCUUCACCACCUCCAACCGCAUCGACCGGGAGAGACUCUGCGCUGGGGCUGCUUACGCGGAAGAGAACGAGUGCUUCUUCGAACUGGAGGUGGUGAUCUUGCCCAAUGAUUUCUUCAGGCUGAUCAAGAUCAAAAUCAUUGUGAAGGACACCAAUGACAAUGCCCCCAUGUUCCCCUCCCCGGUCAUCAACAUCUCCAUCCCUGAAAACACGCUGAUCAACAGCCGCUUCCCCAUCCCUUCCGCCACAGAUCCCGACACGGGUUUCAACGGCGUCCAGCAUUACGAACUUUUGAAUGGGCAAAGCGUCUUUGGGUUGGAUAUUGUGGAAACGCCGGAAGGGGAGAAGUGGCCUCAGUUGAUUGUGCAGCAAAACCUGGACCGGGAGCAGAAAGACACCUAUGUGAUGAAAAUCAAGGUGGAGGAUGGAGGAACACCCCAGAAAUCCAGCACAGCCAUCCUCCAGGUCACAGUAAGUGAUGUCAAUGACAACAGGCCAGUUUUUAAAGAGAGCCAGGUGGAAGUCCACAUACCUGAGAAUGCCCCAGUAGGGACCUCUGUCCUCCAGCUCCAUGCCACUGAUGCAGAUGUGGGCAGCAAUGCAGAAAUCAGAUAUAUUUUUGGGGCCCAGGUUGCUCCAGCAACGAAACGACUCUUUGCUUUAAACAACACCACUGGGCUGAUCACGGUCCAGAGGGCUUUAGAUCGAGAAGAGACUGCCAUCCACAAGGUGACAGUCCUGGCCAGUGACGGUAGCUCAACUCCCGCCCGGGCCACUGUUACCAUCAAUGUGACUGAUGUUAAUGAUAACCCUCCUAAUAUAGACCUCAGGUACAUCAUCAGCCCCAUCAACGGCACCGUGUACUUAUCUGAGAAAGAUCCUAUCAAUACCAAGAUUGCGCUGAUCACCGUCUCAGACAAGGACACGGACGUGAAUGGCAAAGUCAUCUGUUUCAUUGAAAGAGAGGUGCCGUUUCACUUGAAGGCCGUUUAUGACAACCAGUACUUGUUAGAGACCUCUUCCUUGCUGGACUAUGAGGGCACCAAAGAAUUCAGCUUUAAAAUAGUGGCCUCUGACUCAGGCAAGCCCAGUUUGAACCAGACAGCCCUGGUCAGAGUCAAAUUGGAGGAUGAAAAUGACAACCCUCCCAUCUUUAGCCAGCCCGUUAUUGAGCUGUCCGUUUCUGAAAACAACCGGCGGGGUCUCUACCUAACUACUAUUAGCGCCACUGAUGAGGACAGUGGUAAGAACGCAGACAUUGUGUAUCAGCUUGGCCCCAAUGCUUCCUUUUUCGAUCUGGACCGUAAGACGGGGGUCUUGACAGCUUCCCGGGUGUUUGACCGAGAAGAACAGGAGAGGUUCAUUUUUACAGUCACGGCCAGAGACAACGGCACUCCUCCCUUGCAGAGUCAAGCAGCUGUGAUCGUUACUGUGCUCGACGAGAAUGACAACAGUCCAAAAUUCACGCAUAACCAUUUUCAGUUUUUUGUGUCAGAGAACUUACCAAAGUAUAGUACUGUAGGAGUGAUCACAGUGACGGACGCAGAUGCGGGUGAGAAUAAAGCUGUGACGCUCUCCAUCUUGAACGACAAUGAGAAUUUUGUUCUGGAUCCUUUCUCUGGAGUUAUAAAGUCUAACGUGUCUUUUGACCGCGAGCAGCAAAGUUCCUACACCUUUGAUGUCAAGGCUAUCGAUGGAGGGCAGCCACCUUGCUCUUCUACUGCUAAGGUCACCAUCAACGUGAUGGAUGUGAAUGACAACAGCCCCGUGGUCAUCUAUCCCCCUUCCAACACAUCUUUUAAGCUGGUACCUCUCUCCGCUAUCCCGGGAUCGGUGGUAGCGGAAGUGUUUGCUGUUGACAUUGACACGGGAAUGAAUGCCGAGUUGAAAUACACAAUAGUCAGCGGAAACAAUAAAGGCUUGUUCCGUAUUGAUCCCGUGACUGGGAACAUCACCCUGGAAGAGAAGCCCAUCCCGACCGAUGUAGGCUUGCAUAGGUUGGUAGUCAACAUUAGCGAUCUGGGCUACCCUAAAUCCUUGCACACUCUUGUCCUUGUGUUUCUGUACGUCAAUGACACUGCGGGAAAUGCCUCUUAUAUUUAUGACCUGAUCCGCAGGACUAUGGAGACUCCUUUGGAUAGGAAUAUUGGGGACAGCAGCCAGCCCUACCAAAACGAGGACUACCUUACCAUCAUGAUCGCCAUCGUGGCAGGGGCCAUGGUGGUCAUCGUGGUCAUUUUUGUCACCGUGCUGGUCCGUUGUCGCCACGCCUCCAGGUUCAAAGCGGCCCAGAGGAGCAAGCAAGGGGCCGAGUGGAUGUCCCCCAACCAGGAGAACAAGCAGAACAAGAAGAAGAAGCGGAAGAAAAGGAAAUCCCCUAAGAGCUCCCUGUUGAAUUUUGUGACCAUCGAGGAGUCGAAGCCCGAGGAUGCUGUUCACGAACCUAUCAACGGGACCAUUAGCCUUCCAGCUGAGCUGGAGGAGCAGAGUAUAGGACGGUUUGACUGGGGCACUGCACCACCCACCACCUUUAAGCCUAACAGCCCUGAUCUCGCUAAGCAUUACAAAUCUGCCUCUCCUUCGUCUGCUUUCCACCUGAAGCCGGACACGCCCAUCUCGGUGAAAAAGCACCACGUGAUUCAGGAGCUGCCCUUGGACAACACCUUUGUUGGAGGGUGUGACACCCUCUCCAAGCGCUCUUCCACUAGUUCAGACCACUUCAGUGCCUCAGAGUGCAGUUCGCAAGGAGGCUUCAAGACUAAAGGCCCCUUACACACCAGACAGCCGCAGGACGAAUUCUACGACCAGGCCUCCCCGGACAAGAGGACCGAAGCAGAUGGAAACUCAGAUCCCAACUCUGAUGGACCUCUUGGCCCCCGAGGACUGGCCGAAGCUACAGAAAUGUGUACCCAAGAAUGUCUUGUGCUGGGCCAUUCAGACAACUGUUGGAUGCCCCCUACCUUGGGAUCAUACCCCCAGCCCAAGUCUCCACUCUCCACCUUUGCACCUCAGAAGGAAUGGGUGAAGAAAGACAAACUGGUGAAUGGGCAUACGUUGACCAGGUCCUGGAAAGAAGAUAGCAACAGAAACCAGUUCAGUGACCGGAAGCAAUUUGGCUCCGGGGAAGGGCAUUUCAACCCUGGCAAUCACAUGACAGACAUUCCUUUGGCCAACUUGAAGUCCUAUAAACAUGCAACAGGAGCCGUGGAGAAUCCGAAGGAAAACCAGCUAUAAGGAAUGGUUUCUUUGGAGCAGGGACUUUAGCCUAGUUAGACUUGCUAAUACCGUGUGUGUGUGUGUCAGAGCUUUAUGUACUGGGUAGACCUCUAGAACUAUGCGUCACAUAGCUGAGAUAUGCAUAACUGUGGGAUAGCUCCAUUGAACUACAAUGCAACAGCAUUUCUACUAGUUGUGUGGUUUUUUUGUUACAUAGACAUAAUCAAACUCUUACAGAGAUCCUCUCCCGUUGGCAAAUAUCCUGGUUUUUUUCUUUCUUUCUUUUUUCUUUUUCAAUUUAUUGGGGAUAAUGGGGUGGGGCUGUUAAUUAGCUUUUUUUAAAAAAGAUAUUUUUUAUUUUUACCCUGGACUGCUGCUGUAAACAGUAGAAAAAGUAUAUUGGAAGAAUGAGCGAAAAAGAGAAUACGGCGUGUAUGUCUGUGUGAGUGAGUGAGUGAGUGAGUGAGAGAAGGAGAGAGAAAGAGAGAGAAAUGAAUUGCAAUUCUUAGAAAGUAUAUCCAAUUAGAAAAUUGUGUUAUUGUCGCCAUUGAACCUGUGCUGGGACUGCUAUACUUGACAUCUUUACUGAAACAAAACAACUAAAACUGCAAACAUUAAACCUACUGUGCUAUUAACAACGUUAGUGGACACUUGUUAAGUCAAUCAGUGUUCAAGUACUUGUAAAUAGAACAAAUUAUUACUAAUAACUUUUGUGUACUUAUAACGUUCACCUAAAAAUACUGUAGCAUAAUUCUGUGUUUCAUAGUUACUUUUUUUUAUUUUUGUCCCCUACUUUAUUUCAUUCCUUCCUUUUCUUUAAAAGAAAAGAAAAUGUUUGUUUUGGUGAUGGUGUUUCGUGUGAAAUAAUCUGUCUGACACACCAUAUUCCAAGGAACUCAAAACACUUGUGUUAAAUAAACAAAAUAAAACAGAGCAAAUAAAGGGAUCGGGUGGGUGGGAGUUUUGAUUUCACCUUUUUUUUUCUCUAAUAAAAAAAAGAAAAUUCCAUUUGCUAGUUCUAAACUAUAAAUACACUUGAAACAAGGGCUUUGAGAUUUCAACCACAAUUAUGAUGAUUUUUUUCUUCCCCUUAUACUAUUCCUGAUUUGGAAUCGAAAAGGAGCGACGGGGGCCAUCAAUUGUGAUGGCAGCUGGAUGGGUUGACUUUGAUAGCAAAGUUGCAGGGUGUGGGCUGCACACUCACACGGAUGUUGAUCAAAAGCAAUGGAGGGUUAUUUGCUAUGGACACAGUCCAUUAAGAAGGUUGGCUGCGUGAGUCCCAGUGAAAUUAAGGAAAGGUAUUCCAGAACCCAUGUGUCUUCAUGGGGCAUGGGAAGUCAAAUUUCCAAGGUAAUUGUGCCAUGCAGCACCAAUCUCUAGCAGUUGCUUUCUUUACACUUGAGUGAUGUGUGUUUUCUUUUUAAUUUGGGACAGUUCUUAUUGCUGAAAUGGCACCAAUUGUGUUGAUCAUCAUCUGCCUUGAUGUUGUAGUAACACAAGUGUUUUUAGAUCAUAGCCACAAAAAAUAUUUAAUGUGUUGUGCCUUCAUAAUGUAACCAAGCAUUCUCCUGGUAGGCUAGUUGGGGGGAAAAAUGAAAGAGCUAAGUCUCUACUUCUUGCUGUUUAACUGUUUGUUCUCAUCGUUGGUCAAUGCCUGGCAAAUAACCAGUUUCACCGUCACUUGAAAAAGAACCAACAAAGUGACUCUAAUGUAAUAAGAUCUCAGUUGCAUGUCUAACAAAUCCUAACUGACAAUCUUAGGCUUUUUGUUUUCUUAAGGCAUGACAAAAAAAUUUAAACAAAUAGCAUGCAACAUAGGGGAGAAAUCGUCCUUAGAGGGAAAUUAAAAGUAAAAAAUUAUCUUGUGCCACAGUUAAACAUUCGUCUUCAAAUGAACUCAGACAAUAAAAGUUGAAAAUAUCAGUGGUUAAUUUCUUUUUACCAACAACAGCAAUGUCAAAAAAAAAAAAUUAAAACUAACUGAAGUUGUGUUGUAUAUAGCAGUUCUUAUUUUAUUUCCUCCACAGUAUAAGAGCAUAUAAUGGGCUAGGGGUGCAUUGCUUAUUACUACGGUACUUACGUCCGUUUGUGAGGGGUGUUUGAUGACUUUGACUGAAUAAAUAUCUAAACAGUUUUCCUUGUUACUGCUUUGCCAGUUCAACGUUAUUUACAGUUAUUCAGC